AUUCAAUUCUGGCUUCACAACAACAAGGCAUCAUGUUUUACAAAAUUCUUUUUACUCAGGUUUGAAGUAAAGUUUUCUAUGAAGGACUCAUACUUGCAGAUUUUUUUUUCUAAAUGGACUCCAUCAGUGUUUGUGUUACUUCAUGAGAGGAGAGAAGAAACAGCAUUAGAUGAGCGCUCCCAACCAACAAUGGGAUCAGCUGUCACCCUGAGCAGUGGUCAGAUCCUUCACAGAUACAGCAGAUGGCGCAACAGGACCAGGAGGCGUCAGGAGAGAGAGCGGCUGAUGGAUCGAGGAAAGAGAGUCUGUCCUCAUAGACGCACCUUCCCAUCCUGGCUCUCCGGCUAUGCACCUGCAGCCUCUCCUUGCAGUGCUCCUCUCUCUCCUCAUCCUUCUUCUGUCCUCCUCCCCGGCGGUCGGACAGCGGUAGUGCGCACUGAGCAGCCAGUAGUGUGCAAAGCGGCCGACAUGUACCAGGAGAGAAAUCGCCCCGCCAAGCCUGCAAAAGGCUCAGCCCGAGACGCAGCAGCAGCAGCAGUAGCAUGCAGUCUGACUCUUUAACGCCAGGGAUCUAGCACCAGAACACCGGGUGGAGACGGAGCUGCAGCAUGGGUGUGGGAGAGAGGCGCAACCCAAACGACAGCGAUGUAAAUCUACGGACAUAGGAAGGGUGGGUGGGGGGUAGCAUUUGAAUCAGAUUUGGGUGUAUUUUGGGGUUCGGUUUGGUGUCUUGUUCUGUGGAAUUCACCAAACACAGUACUUUUCACCCUGUAUAACCUCCACUGGAGUUAAAAGGAUGGAGAAAGGCGCACAGCAGCUGCCCAAAAGUGCAGAGAAUGCGACGGAGGACAUCUCCAAAAUCCCUGACGAGCAGCUGCUGAAGUGGGGCAAAGAGGAGCUGGUGCGGCGGCUGCGGAGGGCAGAGGCGGAGAAGAGGGGUGUCAUCGUGGAGCACGGAAAUCUGAUGCGGGAGGUGAACCGGAGGCUCCAGCAGCAUCUCAACGAGAUACGGAGUUUAAAGGAUGUGAACCAGAAACUACAGGAGGACAACCAGGAGCUGCGGGACCUGUGCUGCUUCCUGGAUGACGACCGGCAGAAGGGGAAGCGAGUGUCACGGGAGUGGCAGCGUCUGGGUCGCUAUAGUGCCGGCCUGAUGAGGAAGGAAGUAGCCAUCUACCUGCAGAAGCUGAAGGAGCUGGAGCAGCAGCAGGUGGAGGUCAUCCGGGAGAAUCUGGAGCUCAAGGAGGUAUGCCUCAUGCUGGAGGAGGAGAGAUGUGGCUGGGGGAGGAGGGGGGGGGGUGUGGGCGGGCAGGGAGACCCGGGCUGCAGGACCUCCAUAGACAGUCAGAGUAGUCUGUCUCAGCUGGGUGGAGGCGUACCUGCGCCCAGCUUGCUGCGGGACGUUGGCGAUGGGAGCAGCACCUCCAGUGCAGGGAGCACAGACAGCCCGGAUAACCACAAACCUUCUUCCUUGGACUCCAAUGCCAGCCCCGGAUAUGGGUCGACAUGCAUCUCCUCAGAACAGCCAAGAGAUGUAUGUGAAUCCACCGGCAGGAGGCACAGCUCCACCCCAGAAUACCACACCUUCCCCCAGUCUUGCCGCCCCCGUGGUGGCUCUCUCACCAACCUGGACCCAUGCGGCCUUCGAGGACACAGCCCAGAGAAACACAGGAAGUCUCCCACUAGGCUACCAUGCGACUCCCAUGCCAAACACUGUAGCCCUGACCUACUAGCCCAGAAACAGCUACUGAUGUCAGGGGCAUCACCAGGAAAGGGCACGGUGAAGUCCAGCCCCGAGCUGAGUCAGAGACAUCAGCAGGUGAACACGGUGGGGGCUGGCUGUGGGAGUCCUGAGGCCAAGCAGACAGCAAUGGGGAUCCCAGAGUAUCUGAGGAAAGGGCGGGUGAUUGUGGGGAUUCCAGAGUCUAUCCGACACCACCAUCAUUAUCAGCACAGCCCUCGGGUGGAGCACGUCAAUGGGAGAUAUAGCAGUGGCUCCCCUGGCAGAGAUGGAGGCCAGAGGAGGGCAGCGGGAGAAGAGAUGGCCCCCACCACCAGAGUCUGUACAACGGUUGCUGCUGAUUAUGGGAUAGACUGGACAGGAUCUCACACCCCAUACCCAGAAGGCGUCACUGUACCUGAUGCACAACUACCCCGGCAGCUUACACAGGCUGAAGUUACAUCUUUGCCUGAUCCGGCCGUCCCUUUUUCUGCUGCACUACGGGCAUACAUGGAUACAGUGUAUAUUCUUAAGGGCAUUUUUCAACAAACCUAGACAUAUCACAACUCACCUUAACACAAUCAGAAUGAAACGAACAAGACUCAAAAGAAUGCUGCAAAUUUUUGGUGCAUAAUUUUAUGACCAGUUGUGAAUUUCAAAUAAAUGCCUUUGAAAACAACAAUGUACAAAGACACAGCAAAGGGAUAUAAAACUGCUUUAAUUGCAUGCUGAAUAGUUGACAGCUUUUAAAAGCAUUAAAACAAUGUGCCAAUAAAAAGAUUUUUUAAUAGAA